CCAACCAUCUCCCCGACAUCCACCGAUAUGGCUACUCUGUCUACCGAGCAAACAUUACAAUUACGCACUCAAUUGCAUCAGGCUGUAGCCGCAUGUAACGAUCGCUGCUUGUAUCGUUCUGCAAAAUGGUGGGCGCAUACACUUGCAACUAAAUAUUGCCAGGNNGCUGCAGAACUUCUCAAUGCUUUUCCAGAUUCAGAUCAUGACCUUGACUCGGCCUACGAUACAGAACCAAACUCUCCGAACGGCGAAGAUAAUCCAUGGUACAAUUUUCAAUUUUCACAAGACUCGCACGAAGCCCGACUAGAACGCAGAGAGUACCCUAAAUUUCUCAUGGCCAAAUCUNUUUUCGAUUGUCGUGAAUUUGAUCGUUGCGCUGCUACCUUGCUACCUAGUCUUGUCCCACAACAACCAGUUGCUAGAGAUGCGGCCAAUGCUGCCACCAAAACCAAACCAAAGUCAACAAAUCCUCUACCAGGCUUACCACAGCUCAGCCAACGUUCUCUGUUUCUUGCCUUGUAUGCCAAGUACAUGGCUGGCGAGAAACGCAAGGAAGAAGACAGUGAGAUGAUUCUAGGUCCUACCGAUGGUUCUGUCACUCUGAACAAGGAGCUCAUCAGGAUAUCCAGCAUCCUUGAUGAAUACCUGAGCGCUCGAGGAGGCCUCUCAAGUACACACGAAUCACAAGGUUUCUUGGAGUACCUCUACGGAGUUGUCUUGCUGAAAGGCAAGAACGAAAUACUUGCAAAGGCGUGGCUCCUCAAAAGCGUCAACCACUGUCCCUGGAAUUGGGGAGCAUGGCAAGAACUUGCAGACCUGUUGAGCUCGGCCGAGGAGGUCANNCUCAACGAAACAACCGAACACUUGCCACGAAACAUCAUGACCUUCAUGUUCCAUAUCUACUGUAGCCAAGAGCUUUUCCAGUCGACAGAAAAGGUCUACAACGAGAUCAACCAAAUCAGCAGCAUUUUUCCCAACUCAGCCUUUNUGCAAACUCAGCGUGCUCUGCUGCAUUAUCAUUCCAAGGAGUUCGAGGAGGCCGAUGGGCUGUUCACCGACCUUCUCUUGCGGCAUACUUAUCGACUCGACUCGAUGGACUCGUAUUCAAACAUUCUCUACGUGAUGCCAUCGAGACCGAAGCUAGCACAUCUCGCCUCGGUCGCGUCAGCCAUCGACAAGUUCCGUCCCGAAACGUGCUGCAUCAUCGGAAACUAUUACUCGCAAUGUUCAGAGCACGAAAAGGCAGUCAUGUACUUCAGACGGGCUCUUACUCUAGAUCGGCAGUUUCUGUCAGCGUGGACUCUAAUGGGCCACGAGUACAUCGAGCUCAAGAAUACCCAAGCAGCCAUUGAAAGUUACCGACGAGCCGUUGACGCCAACAGAAAGGAUUACCGAGCGUGGUACGGUCUGGGUCAGGGCUAUGAACUCUUGGACAUGCAUUCGUAUGCUCUGUUCUACUUUCAACGCGCGGUCGCUCUACAGCCUUGGGACCCGAAGAUGUGGAUGGCCGUGGCAAACUCAUUCGCCAACUGUGGCCGGUUACAAAAUGCGAUACGGUCAUACAAGAGGGCGCUGGUUGCUGGCAGCUAUCUUGAUAAUGGUGGUGGCACACUUUGCAUCUUCAGCAGACCCACUCGCUGGAGCAGUCGGAGGCGCAUUGGACCCCGAGAUCCUCUAUCAGAUCGCCCUUCUUUACGAGCAGGACAAUAA